AUUUAGGUCAACAAACUGUGUGUGGUGUGAAUGAAACGCAAAGUAAAAUAUUUAUAAACAGUUGGCUCUUUUCUUUCCAAUGGUUUACUGUUUUUAUUGCUUCAUUUGUCCAAAAACAAUACAAAAGAGCCUUUAAAGUAACGACAACUGUGCGAAGUGAACACCAUGAGUGAACCAAAGCAAAGUACGCUACGCAUAGAUUGGUUUGAUGGUACUUUGAUUGAGGGAACUAGGUCAAGCAAUGCUGCAACGGAUUCGUUUGCAGACGAAGAUGCACCAGAGACGAAACCUCAGCCUGAAAACCCCACACACACUGAGAAAAAGCCUAUAGGCUUCAAACGACUGCUAGACAUUUCGUUACUACAGCCGCCUUUGUUGACACUGGAAGUAGCACACAGACCAGGAUUCUGGAAUCUUUUUGAUGGCGACCUAAAAGGAGACUUUAUUGUGCUGAUAGUGAAAGUGUUAGCUCAGAUUUACAACACUCUAGAGCCUGGCGAGAAAUCCAAAAUAGCUACACUGCUGAAGACUAAAUUUGAGACGUCUUCGUUUCUUAAUUUAUUAAAAGAGUACCUGAUUAAUCUACCUCAAGUUAGAAUAAGUGAGAAAAAGAUGAACUUCCAGCUGUGGGAUGACGUGAAUACAUUUUACAAUAAUGUUGUGUCUUUAUGUGAGGGUAUUGUGAAAUAUGGUGAGAAUACCCCAGAAUUUUUAAAUCAAUUGUGUGAGUUACUGGACGUCACUGAGAGCAGUGCUCUUGGAGUGAAAGAAGAGCAUACGGAGACAUUCAGUGAAGAUUUUUUUGUUAGAAUCCAUCAGUUGCUAUCCAAAAUAUUGGACUUAACUAGUGAGGAAAAAACAGAAGAGGAUCAACCAACAAAGCAAACAAUGGAAAAUGAAGAUAAAGAUCCUACAAGCUACAAAAAUCUCUCCGUGUUCCCGAGUACAGAGGAUUUGUGUGAGAAUUCCAAAAUUGAAAUCAAGCCGAACAUUAUCAACGGAGCAUACCCUAGCGUUAAACAUUACCUGGAUUUACAGUUCAAAUUACUACGAGAAGACUGCUUUGGGCCUUUAAGAGAUGGAAUAUGUAAAUACCUGGAAAAUCCCACCAAAAGAAGAUUUGAAAAUAUCAGAGUAUACCCUAAAGUCCGAUUCCUCCGUACAUAUGUCAGUAACAACAAAGUGGGCCACCUAGUUGACUUAGCGUGGAAAGAACGUUUGGAUAACGGAAACGUUGACAAGAAGAAAUAUUCAUACAAUAAGCAAUUGAUGUUUGGCUCGUUACUCAUCUUUACAUGUGAUAACUUUGAGACAAUUAUGUGCGCUACUGUACUGGACUCCAGCUUAGAGUUGCUUAAGGAUGGAUAUGUAGCCGCCUCAUUUCAAGAGCCACUUUCGAAGAGGGCACUACUUAAACAGUACCUGAUGGUGGAGAGUGAAGUAUUUUUUGAGCCUUACCAUAGAGUGCUGAAGGUGCUACAGAGUUUCGAUGAUCUGCCCAUGAAACGAUAUAUUGUAGAUGUUCAGACUGAAACCAAACCACCAGCUUACUUAUCAUCUGACACCACAUACAGCAUUACAGAUCCUAAAUCAGAAGAACUAUCAUUCCCAGUCUUAGAUACAGACCAAUGGCCGCCAAGCAAAGCCUUUGCCCUAGACGACUCGCAAAUGGAAGCCUACAAAUUUGCCCUAACCAGAGAAUUCGCAGUGAUUCAAGGGCCCCCAGGUACAGGCAAAACAUUCAUAGGGGUCAAAAUUGCUUCAACGCUUCUCAGAAAUAUGUCCCUUGAAGGCACGCCGAUGCUCAUCAUAUGCUACACCAAUCACGCCCUAGAUCAAUUCCUCGAAGGUAUUUUACUGGGUAUCACAAACAGCAUUGUCAGACUUGGCAGCCAAAGUAAGAAUAAGAAUCUCGAACCAUACAGUCUAUACAACUUGAGGGGGAAAUUAAUAUCGAAAUAUUCGCACCUUUACGGUAGCAAAAGAUCUGAAUUGGAAAAAAUAUUUAACAAGAUGACAAAGUUGCAAAGUAAGAUUGAGUUGUGUGAAAAAAGCAUAUUGAGUUACAACACUAUUAGACGAUAUCUGUACAUUGAUGAUAAAAGAUAUAAAUUAGAGCUUUUGGAUCCGUAUGAAGAUCCAGUAUUGAGUUGGUUAUUUGACGAUCUCACAGAGGAGGAUAUGGUAGAUGAUGGGGAGGAUGAUGAGCAAGAUAAAAAGGUGGAAUGUAAAAAGAAAGAUGAAGAAGACGAUAUUGAAGUAGAGGGGUGUUUUUCGGAACAGUGGGCUAUAGAUGAAAUGGAUGUAUUAGCGGACAAUAAAAAAUUUGUGCAAGAUCUAACAGCCACUAUGAUAGACAAAAGUGACAGUGCUGAAAGAAAGAUACAAUCGAACAUAAACAGAAUGAGGAAAAGGCUGAGUUGUUUCAAAAAAUACAUGAAGACACUGGCAGAAACUGACAAGCUUGAAAACCCCGAAAAAGUUGCAGACCUGAAAGACUUAACACAGGAUCAAAGAUGGUGCUUUUACUACAAAAUAGCGAUGUGUAUCAAAAAUCGCCUAUUGAAAAGAAUGAAUAACUUACUGGAACAACACGAGAAAUGCAGCUCGGAAUUGAAUGAAGUGGCAACCCUGAUUGACGCCGAGGUCCUUAGAACUGUGCGCGUGGUGGGAGUCACCACCACCACUGCUGCCAGGCGGCACGGCCUCUUGAGAUCCUUGAAGUCGCCUAUAGUAAUCGUGGAAGAAGCCGCCGAAGUGUUAGAGGCACAUAUAGUAGCCUCGUUGACCGAUCACUGCGAGCACCUCAUACUCAUCGGUGACCACAAGCAACUGAGACCAAGCGCAUCGCACUUCGAACUGGCAAAAGACUUCAACUUGGAUAUAUCUCUCUUCGAACGCAUGAUACGCAAUAGGGUGCACGCACGGGCUCUGUCCGUGCAGCGCAGAAUGAGACCUGAAUUUGUUGGGCUACUGGUCCCGACAAUAUACGAAAGCCUGGAAAGUCACCCUAGUGUGGUCCAGUAUCCAGAUGUUAGAGGCAUGGGAAAGAACUUGUUUUUCCUAACGCAUGAUGUCUUGGAGGAUUCUGAUGGCACGGAAGAUAGCUGGAGUCACAAGAACACACUAGAAGCUAACUGGAGCCUGGCCCUCGCGGACUAUUUGCGUCGAAUGAAGUACAAAUCUUCUGAAAUCACCAUACUCUCCACAUAUAAUGGCCAAGUGACUUUGCUCAAAGAGCUCAGCAAAAAAUACAGCAAACUGCGCGAUGUCAAAAUAACCGCAGUGGACAACUACCAAGGUGAAGAGAACAGGAUAGUCAUAUUGUCGCUCGUGAGAAGCAACAAAGAAGGCAAGAUUGGCUUUCUGGCAGCACCCAACAGAAUUUGCGUCGCGUUGUCACGAGCUAAAGAAGGUUUUUAUAUCUUCGGCAACAUGGACGUCCUAAAGUCGGCCAGUAACAUCUGGAGGUCCAUAGACAGCAAGCUAACAGCUCAAAAUGCUAUUGGAAAACAACUGCUACUGAAAUGUGUGAAACAUAAUGGGAUUAUAAGGAAGGUCGCAUUUCCAGAAGAUUUAUCUUCUUCUUCUUUAAAAAAUAUUUGUUUAAGCACGUGUGAAAUAAAAUAAUUUGUAAUCAAUUUAAAUUCUUUAUUUGCUGCAUGUCGUGAAAUUUUUAACAUUUAAUAUUAAAUUGUAUUGGAUUUAGAAUUUUAGAUCAAUAAAUAGUAGUGCUUUCAAGCAGUUUGUUUGUUCAUUUAUAACCUAGUUUAAAACAUUGUGAUGGUCACAUUACUUCUUUAAUUAGUAUUACCCUUAUAAAUAGUCUUAAGUCAUUAAGCACGUGUGAAAUAAAAUAAUCUGUAAUCAAUUUAAAUUCUUUAUUUGCUGCAUGUCGUGAAAUUUUUAACAUUCUAUAAUUGUAUUGGAUUUAGAAUUUUAGAUCAAUAAAUAGUAGUGCUUUCAAGCAGUUUGUUUGUUCAUUUAUAAC